AUCGCCCUGUCUGACACCCACGUGGGGGAGAGAGAGGAGACAGUUUAGCAGCAGCUGCUGGUUGUUGUUGUUGGGUCAGUGGACGGCACCGGUGCGCGGCUCUGUGUAACCAGGCGGCCCGUUUUCAUCAUCAUGGCCAACGUACUAGAGACCAUCCUGACCAGUCUCCUGCAGCCGGACAAUGCUGUCAUACAGCAGGCCACUGCUCAGCUGAAAGAAGCCGUCAAGGAUCCAUUCAUUAUUCCUGCGUUGUGUGACGUAUUACGAUGUGCACAGGACCCACAGAUUCGGCAGUUUGCUGCAGUUUUAUUGCGUAGGCGGCUAACUAAGAAAUGGAAAAUGAUGCCUCUGGCGCAGCAAGAAACUGUGAAGUCUCUUUUAUUAGAAGCUAUUACAAGGGAAACAGAGCAGAAGGUCCGCUAUGCUCUUGCACAGCUAUCUGCAGUGGUUCUGAGGAGUGAGAAGUUGGAGCGCUGGCCACAGUUCAUCCAGUUUGUGCUGCAGGCAUCCCGCAGUGAUGUCCCAGAGCAGAGACAGGUUGGUCUCUUGCUUCUUCGCUGCGCAGUUGAUAUCAAUGCUGGCAGUUUCCGGCCCCACUUCCCUGAUUUAAUCAAACUUUUCAAUAAAACUCUGUGUGAUCUUCAGAAUGGGCCUGUCCUUUUUUAUACCAUUCAGUCUGUCACCAGUAUAGUGCAUGAGCUGGUUGGUAAUGAAACGAAUUUACUGAGGCCCUUGGUUCCAAAGUUAAUAACGGCUAUCAAACAAUUAAUGCAGACCAACGAGGUGCAAGCAUCUGAAGCAAUGGAAGUUUUUGAUGAGAUGAUAGAAAGUGAAGUGUCAGUCAUUGUUAACUACCUGGCGGAGGUCAUUCACUUCUGCCUUGAGAUUGCUGUAAACACAUCACUGUCUGACAACCUCCGUGUGAAGUCACUUCACUGCAUUUGCUUCCUCAUCAAACUCAAGAGCAAAUCCAUCUUAAAGCAAAAGCUGCUGACUCAGAUUCUCAAUGCUAUUUUUCCCAUCAUGUGUGCUGAGCCUCCUCUUGGGCAAAUGGACCCAGAAGACCAAGAUGACGAGGAUGAAGAGUUGUUGGAAGAGGGGGCUGAAGUGGAGUCACCCAAACACUAUGCAGUUCAGGUGAUCGACAUAUUGGCUCUUCAUCUUCCGCCUGAGAAGUUGUUUUCCCAGCUGACUCCACUCAUGGAGCCAUGUCUCCUUAGUUCCAAUCCCUAUCAGCGGAAAGCUGGCCUUAUGUGCCUUGCGGCUCUCAGUGAGGGCUGUGCAGAUCACCUCCGGAACAAGUAUCUACAAUCUAUGCUACAGUUGGUUUGUCAGGCGAUCACUGAUCAGAGUCAUGUAGUCCGGAAUGCCGCACUCUUUGCCUUGGGGCAGUUUUCAGAAUUUUUACAGCCAGAAAUCAGUGGCUAUUCAGAAACUGUACUUCCGCUGCUCUUGGAUUAUUUGUCUGCUGUGGAUCCAUCUCGGACUGCUCACCUCACUAAGGCGUAUUACGCCCUUGAGAACUUUGUUGGGAACCUUGGCAGUAAGAUUGAACCCUACCUCCCCACCUUGAUGGAACGGAUUUUGUCGACUUUGAGCAGCUCAAAUAUUACCAAACUUAAGGAACUGUCAGUGAGCGCCCUAGGUGCCAUAGCCAAAGCUGCAGAAGAAUUGCUCCGACCAUUUUUCCCAUCUGUAAUGGAAGUAUUGAAAGUUCACCUGAUGCAGACAGGAGAAGAGGGAAGACCUGUACAGAUCCAAUGUCUAGAAACCCUUGGUAUACUGGUUUACUCGCUAGGUAAAGAAACUUUCCUUCACUUGUCAGAAGACUGCUGCCUCUUAGGACUCAAUUUGUGUGACAGAAUUGAUGACCCAAAUAUAAGAAGUUGCGCCUACCACCUGUUUGCUGCUCUAUCAGAGGUGAUGGAGGAAAGUAUUUCUAAUCACCUGGAGAAAAUGACAACUUUGAUGCUGCUGUCUCUGAAAUCAAAGGAAGGAAUAGUGCUUCACUAUAAUGAGAAUCGUACAUUCAUGCUGUUUGAUGAUGAGACUGACGAGGAAGAUACUGUAAUUCAAGAUGAGGAGGAGGAGGAUGAUGAGGAAGAUCCUGACAUUGAGGGGUUUAGUGUUGAGAAUGCUUUUGUAGAUGAGAAAGAAGAAGCAUGCUUAUCUCUGGGUGAGAUCGCCUUAAACGCCAGCUCUUCAUUUUUCCUUUAUCUUGACUCAUGCUUCCAUGAAGUACAGAAGCAUAUUGAGUCUCCUCAUCCUGAUGUCCGGAAAUCGGCGUAUGAAGCUCUCGGAAAAUUUGUACGCUCAAUGAAUCUUGUUUGUCAGAAGAACCCUAGUGAGCCUAAUGCUGCAGUUCUGCUCCGUCUGUUGGAUCUCCUCAUCCCUACCUAUCUUCAUGCUGCAAUGCAUGACAAAGAACAUGAAGUGGUAAUGACUGUCCUAGAGUCUUUGAACAAUUUACUGAAAGAUGUAAAGGACCCAUGUGUGAGAGAGCCUGAGCAGCUAGAGAAAAUCUGUGUGGUCAUCAAUGCUGUACUGCAGAGCAAGACAGCUUGUCAAGAUCCUGAGGCAGACGAUGAAGAGGACAAGCAGCAGGUGGGCUCAAGAAGUGGCGUAUGUUUUAGUCCUCGCAAACGUGACCUGGCCAUUGCCUGGUGUGGCACACAAUGGUUGAAAAAAGAACCUAUCACCAUUAUGCACUUUAUACGGAGACUUCUUUGUCUACUUCAGCGUAGAUGGUGGCAUAUGUGUAGGAAACUGGUAAAGCUGAUGGCUCCUCCUCCGUUAUUAUUCCAUUACUCUGCAUAUGAGGCGGAGAUGGAUGCAAUGCUGGUGGAAUAUGCAGGAGAGGGAAUUCCUCUGGUGGCUACUGCAGUUGGGGGUGCAACAUUCGCUCCAUACUUUGCUGGUUUUCUUCCUCUGCUGCUUAAUAAAAUGAAGUCCAGUUGCACUCCUGCUGAGAAGUCAUUUGCUGGAGGCAUUCUGGCUGAAUCCAUAGUAGGCCUGCGUGGGGCAACUGUGCAGUUUGUACCCCAGUUACUUCCUGCACUGAUCUCAGGAGCUCAUGAUGAAGAUGAUGAAGUCCGAAGUAAUUCUGUGUAUGGACUUGGCGUCCUGGCAGAGCACGGGGGCGGAGCCAUGCAUAAACAUUACCCCAAGCUGCUUUCUGUUCUGUCCUCCAUAAUCAGCUCUGAGAAGAACGCACAAGCUCUAGACAAUGUUUGUGGGGCAGUGAGUCGGAUGAUCUUGAGUCACCCAGCAGGUGUACCUGUGGAACAGGUAUUUCCAGUGAUGCUCCGCUCUCUGCCACUAAAGGAAGAUUUUGAGGAGAACUAUAUAGUGUUUAAAUGCAUUGCAUUCCUGUAUGAGAAUAACCCAUCACAGGUUGCCGCACACAUUAAUGACCUUACUAGAAUAUUUGGUCAUGUAUUGGGGACUAAAGAAAUUAAGCCAGAGACAGAGGAUAUUUUACUUGUGCUAUUGAGAACCAUGGCACAGAGUUUCCCUCAGGAUUUUUGGAAUGCUGUGAUGUCACUUCCUGCUGAAACGUCUUCAAAACUUCGAUCGGUUCUAAGUUUAGCGUGAGGAGCAUCCUAACAUGUUUCAGAAAAACUCACAGGAUGCUUUCAAGUUCUGUUCACGUUGCAGUUUAUAGUUGGAGUUUCACAUUGGACUCAGAAGACUGUACAUGACCUGCUGUUUAGGACUGUACUUUAUCAGUUUUUUAAAGUGGUAUGAGUCUCAACUUCAGUGCUGGAGUUGAGUGUAAUGAAUUAACUUUGCCACAAGGCCAUGUCUGUUGCAUUCAACCUAAGGCAAUAAAAGUGACCUCUUCUGUUAAGACUUAAAA